CCUCCAGGUCACCACACGGAAUCCGACAGGUGUCACAGAACCUCAAACGUGCCUCGGCCUCCCCCAGAAAACGAAACAUCACAGACGAUUUUCCAGACGGAGAAAAACAAAGGGGGGAAAGGCUGGAAAAUGAGCAGUUGAAAAGACUCGGGGUGGCUCUGCAGUAACGCAUUUCCCAAAGUCCCGAUACGGGAAAAGCCUCCUGACACGGUUCUCACCUGCGAUCGGGCCCCAGGGAUGGCUGUCUGUGGAUUGUAUGUGUCGACAUCAGGCCUCCAGGGCUCCUCUCUAGGCUCAGAUGAGCACAAUAUUGUUCUUUUAGGCUAUACUGUAAUAGAUAUAAACACAAAUCAGAUACUCGGCGUACAGGAGUAUCUGGUGAAACCGACAGACUGUGAUCUCAACACUAAUUUCCUCUCAGAGUCGGUUAAGCAAGAGACAAGGCUGACAGAGGCCGCAAUACGUACGUCAGGUGUUAACCUCCAAAAAGCUAUUUCCCUUUUUGAAUCUUAUUCAAGAUCUCUGGGCACAGAUCCGGCUUCUCUUGUGCUUACUACAGAUGGGCAGGCACCACUGCGUCAGUGCCUCCAUCCAGAGGCGACAGAUAAAGACAUAACCCUCCCUUCACAAUACACCUCGUUUUGUGACCUGCGAAAGGAUGUUGCACGAGUCUAUGGAGCAGGUGACGCAAAAUUCUCCUCGAUUCCUGAGAUGCUCACGUAUCUGGACAUUCCCAAUUCGUGUGAUACAUCAUUUUUCUCCAAAGAGCUAAGAGACAUGACUAACAUCAUCCAUAGGCUCAUCUCUGAUGGAUACAAGUUUACCGAGGUCGAGACGAUACAGCUCUACCUGGAACCUGGAAUUUGUUCAAAAGAUGAGGAAGUGGAUAGCAAUUGCGUAGUACGAGCACGUGGCCUACCCUGGCAAUCCAGCGAUCAGGACAUUGCUAAAUUUUUCCGAGGACUUAAUAUAGCAAAGGGAGGUGUUGCUCUCUGUUUAUCUCCAGUUGGUCGUAGAAACGGGGAGGCAUUAGUACGCUUUGAAUCACCUGAACACAGGGACAUGGCACUGAAAAGGCACCGGCACCAUAUUGGUAAUCGCUACAUCGAGGUGUACCGAGCACUUGGAGAAGACUUUGUCAAUGUGGCUGGAGGAGCAAACAACGAGGCUCAGGCCUUUUUGACCAAAGGUGCCCAGGUCAUAAUAAGAAUGAGAGGCCUACCAUAUGACUGUACUGCCCGCCAAGUAAUGGACUUCUUUGAAAACGGUGAGAAUAGUGUAAGUGUUAUGGACGGCGAAGAGGGGAUACUUUUUGUUCAAAAACCUGAUGGGAGGAGUACUGGGGAUGCCUUUGUGCUCUUCAAGGAAGAGAAAGACGCACCAAAAGCUCUCUCCAGGCAUCGUGAAUCUAUUGGCGCUCGUUAUAUCGAACUUUUUCGGAGCACCACUGCCGAAGUUCAGCAGGUCCUGAAUCGAGCGAUGAUUACUCCUGAACAAAUAAAGCCAGUGGCACCGCCAAUUCAGCCGAUGCCAGCAGUUCCACUUCUACCUCAGCACCUCAUCACAUCAGGUACUAUGAAGGACUGCAUACGAUUACGUGGACUGCCAUACGAAGCACAGGUUGAAAACAUACUCGAGUUCCUUGGCGAGCAUGCCAAAAAUAUAAUAUUUCAAGGCGUGCACAUGGUGUAUAACAGUCAGGGUCAGCCAAGUGGUGAAGCUUUUAUCCAAAUGGACAGCGAAACGUCCGCUUUUAAUGCUGCUCAAUUACGACAUAAUCGGUACAUGAAUUUUGGAAAGAAACAGCGAUACAUCGAAGUGUUUCAAUGUUCGGGGGAUGACAUGAUGCUUGUGCUCUCUGGAGGACUGCCUCUCCCAGGACAGUUGAGCCCUCCAAUGGCACCGGUGGCCGCACCCAAGACAGUAGCAGGGGCCACGGCACAAACAGUAGCAGCCACCUCCGCACUCCUUUCGCCAGGUAUUUACGAAUACGGCGCACCGGGCGGGGGCCAGCAGGAGUUGCUGUUCCAUGGCUUUGGGGCCGGACAGGUGGCACAAGUCCCACUAGCGGUCCCACCGCCCCCCCAGCAGCCCCCGCCAGGCCUAUUUGUCCUUCCAAAGUUUGUGGUGCCGCAGCUCAAACGCACCUGGAACCAAGCAUUCAUUCCGGCUCACUCGCCCCACCACCCUUCCCACCCGGCACAUUUGAACCCUUACCAACACUUCGGACCCACUCCGAAAUACCCUAGACCCGUCAUUUCAACAUUUUUCCCUACGAUUUAGACUUUACUCAAGCUAAAUACACUGUCAACUUCAUGAUGAUUUACAAAAGGAAUUAAGCGAUUAAUUGUUCAUUUUACGGGUCAAUUACAUAGGCUGUACCUUUCACAUUUACAAGAUGGAUUUUCAUUAAAUUUUAACAAUUAUUACUACAUUAACUUUUUUUUAUGAGAUGAAUCAAUGAAACAAAGGGAAUGUUUUUCUUUGUUUUAUUUUAAGAUGUAAAUUAUUAAUCGACUCAUUUUUAAAAAUUACUUAAUAAACUUUCAAGCUGAAUCUAUGAAAUAAAAAGUAAUUACAAUUUAAAAUAUGAGCCAAUUUAGUUAGAUAGACCCAUUUCCUUAUUAGGAAUUAGGAUUUUUUUUCAAUGAUUAUAGUAAUAAAGAUUCCCAUUUUUCAUAAUAUGUUAUACCAAGACAUUUUGGUAGGGGUAUCCUACAUUUUAAAAUUUUAAAAAACAAUUUCCAAUCAAAUUUAAAGAUUUAUUAUUAAAUUGUAUCGUUUUAAUUGUAAUUGUUUAAAGCUAGAUCGUAAUAACCUCUCUCCCAAAUUUCCCAGGCUUGUUAAGUUCCCAGAACCGAGUGAGACAUUCUCAUUCCACAAUUAGUUUUUGUAUUUCAUUUUUAAGAUCUUAAUUUUUUUCUCUAU